GCUGGUCGGGGUUAGAACUCGGAACAGCCAGGAAUUCGAUUCCCACUCCUUUGCAUGAAUAAUAGACUAUCUUUUUACUUCUGAAAAUAUAUUUCAUUUUAUGUGCUUAGUUUUAUAGUUCUAAGGUCGCUGGCAAAUAUAUUAGUAAUUUGAUCGAACAACAAUUGCUUUACUGUACUGGGAACCUACUUCUGGGAUAGAGAUGGAGAUUGAAUCCCAUACAGUGCAAACCUCUUUACCCUCUCUCCCCACUCUCUGUCAGUCCCUGCCUUAUACUUCCUCUCCUCUUCGAGCCUCUUCAGAUGUCCAUAUUUCGCUCCCUCUCUCUCCUUUAUCGUUCCCCUCAUCCCCUACUUCACUUUCUCCUUCAGCCCCAGAAUCCAUUCACAGCUCCGACUCUCACCCUCUUUCUCCUCUCCUACACCCCUUGUCUCCACUUCAGUGCCUUGAAGGACACAACUCUCACUGCCUCAAUUCAAUAACCACAUUUGAACAAGAUGACUUGACCUGCCUUAGCUGGCUGCAUCAAAGGGGCAACUUGCUUCCCCUGCAGCCCCUGCCCAAAAUAACACCACUGCCCCAGUUAGAAACCCAGACUCCCAUACCUGCCCAGCACAUUCCGUCUUCCCCUACCAAGCCCCCGUACUCCUUCAGCAGUCUGAUCUUCAUGGCAGUAGAGGAUGCACCAGACAAGAGGCUCCCGGUGAAGGCUAUCUACGAAUGGAUAGUGAACAACUUUCCCUACUACCGGACAGCACCCGGAGGUUGGAGGAACUCCAUUCGCCACAAUUUAUCUCUCAGCAAGAGCUUCCGUCGCAUGCACAGGGACAAGAAUCAGUCUGUGGGGAAAGGGUCGUUGUGGUGUGUGUGUCCAGAAUAUCGGCCUGCACUUCUGGAGGUGCUCAGGAAGACUCACUAUUAUCAUAGCACCAACAGCAAUUUACUGAAGAACCCUGCACUGCUGGAGGGAGCUGACUAUGAUACAUCAAUGGUGUGUGAUACUGUAGAGAUCUCAGAUUCCCUUUCUCAGACCCUCCUCUUGUCUUCCUCCUCGUCCCAACCCCUGGAAGACCAAUCAACCCUGUCUGCUGACCCACCCUGUCCUUUUACUCCUGACGUGGAGCUUGUCACCAUGGAGUCAGUUGAGUACCAGGAGGAGGCUGAAGAGGAAAUGGAGAAAGAUCCCCUGUCAGACAGCGGAUAUAUAGAGCUGCAUUACUACCAGUACCACCAGUACCAGUACCUGGUCCUUCCUGGUGACACCGGACUGGACCUGGAGACUGUUGAGAUCUUGCAGCUAGAUGCAGAGGCCCAAGAGGCUGCAGGGUCACUUCUGGACCUGGCAGGGGGUGGACAUUGAUUAUGAUGUCACAGACAGAGUAUAAUCAUAUAGUAAGGGGAAAGCAAAUGGACUAAAGACAAUGUGCAACUGAAAAUAAUUAUAUAAAUUAAGUGGUAGAGGUUGACCACAUGCUGCUUUUGUGCUGACACUGCCCUGAAAUUUGAAUCGCGCACUGUUAUUUAGAUACUGUGAUUGCCCCCUGCCUGAUGCACUGAAGAAAAACUUGCAAUCACAGCACACAAUGCAUUCAUAGAAUACAUAGAAAUGUUCUGCACAUUGAAAUUGGAGAAGAGUACCAAACCUGGUUUUAUAGAAAUCAGGGCCUCCAUGUUUUCAUGGAGAACAACAGAAGAAUUUGGAAAUCUACUGCCAGGUAAAUCACCUUCCAUUCAGGGGACAAUAAAACAUUGUUGCUGAAUUUGUUUAUGACUAAUCCAUCUAUUUUUCUUAACGUUUCAAAUUUUUAUAAUAAUCUGUUAACAGGUGCACCCUUUGUUAAAGACCUCUUAAUUUUCCAUUAAUAUCAAAUUAGUUUGAUGUUUAGAUAUUGACAAGUCUUUAUUUUCA